ACUUACAAAGCAACUAUGAUUUGUGGAGAGUAGAUGUAAAACCCCAAUCCUGGCCCAUUUUCACACUUUUGGCCCACUAACUGUGCUAGAAUCGACCUACCUGGGCCAGAAAUCCAACCCAAAAUAUCAUAGCAAAGUGUAUACAUAGAUUGGUGUUGAAUAAGUUGCCUAAUGCGGAGCGUACGAAGGCAGAGGCGUGGAAGAAUGAUAAACCAGACAGUUGUUGUCUCUCUCACACAUACUACCUUUCUCUUUCUAUAGCUAACGCAUCAAGAGUAGUUAUAUCGUGACCAUGGCAGCAUGAGAAGUUGUUCAACGCGGAGCAUCUGUAUCUGUAUCAAACUAGUUUUUUUCUCAGUCAUACCUACUGCCUCUCUCUUUCUAUCAUCUGCUGCUUUGUAUUCAAACACAAAUACAGCAAUUAUAACACGACUGGAUUAUAUACCUACAGGCAUAGAUGAUGGUGCGGAACUAAAUUGCACGUGGAGUUGUAUUCUAACAGCAGAGUUAUGAUGAAUGAGUGUACCAUACCCAUUUAGAUUCUUAUCUUAUACGUACAUAUUUUUAUUAUUAACUGUUGGGCUGGGACAAGUACGUACAUUCGUGAAAUAAAAAUAAUUGUUGUAGAUGCUUGAUUUGUUUACGAAACAUUAUGAAAUAAUUUUAGGUAGUUGAAAGACAAUGUAUGCCUGCACUCCUCUAAUCAAAUAAAUUUUAUUACCAAGGUGAUAUGUGUGCAGCUAUACUACAUGGUCAUUUUUUUUGUUGAUGAAUUGUUACGUAAAUUUUUUUCUAUACAGGUACCUACAAAGUUAUAUAAUAUUAAACAGUUAUCACUUUCCUUGAAUAAAAAAAUGCAAGUAUCUGUUUAAAUAAUUAUAGGUACCUUCUAGAAUUUUCAAAUGUAACAAUAUUUAGAGAAUUGCAUUGGGUUUUUUUUUGAUCAUUAGACAUGAAGGUUAGAUUAAAUUUUUUUAUUGCACCUAAAAUUGAAACAUGAAUGAUGUCCCUAUUCCAAUAAAUGUAAGUACGUACCUAUGUAUGAAGAAUGAGGAAAUGAAGGAUGUUAAGAUGAUUUGAGAUUAGUACCAUUUUUCAUAAAAUAUAUCAAGGUUGAAUUAAAUGCAGUUGUGUAAUAAUUUCCACCAAAAAAGUGAGUGGAUGCAUGUCAAAUUUAAUGAUUCAAGUAAUUAUUCAACAAGGAGUACCUAUUGUACAUGGAAAUUUUUUCCUGGUCAAAUUUGUAUAUAAAGGAUGAAUUUUUCAGGAUAUUUCAUUAAUUGUUUGUGCACUGUUGUUAACAGUAUUAUCUUGCUCUAAUAAUAGUACUUAUUUGUGGUUCGUGUAAUUUUUCGUUUCAUUUAUUUUUUUCAUUUUAAAUACUACACUGUUGUUAACAGUAUUUUAUUGGUCUGAUACCUAGUAGUAUUUGUGGUUCGUGGAAAUUUUUCGUUUCAUUCAAUUUUUUCAUUUAAAAUACGUACCUAUUCAAUAUGAAUUCUUCAAUCGAUAAUGUUGCAUCUCGUCCUGGUGUUUCUGGUAAUGAUCCAAUGGAAAUAGGAGUAGGUUCCAACCAGAGUGAAACCAAAAGGCAGAUGGUAGCUUUCUUUUCCAUCAGGCUACUCAAUAAGGAGAUGUCAUUCUUACACUUAUUAAAAAUAGUUGAAAUAACUACUUUGAUCAAAUGGAAUGCAAAGAUAGAAGAAAAAAGACCACAUGAGGGUGUAAUCAUCUUAAGUUUUCCAUUUCAAAUUAAGGGUGAAACAAUUAUGGAGAAUAUGGAGCAAGUGUCUCAAAUAGACAUGAGACACUACAUUACAAUAUCAAAGGUGGAUUAUUUGACACAGGAAAAUCGAAAUCACAUGGAAUUCUUGCGGUCAAAGUACAUACGAAAGGGUAUAACUUGUUCCAUUUGCAAUUACCAAAGAUUUAAUACAGAAAAGGAAUUGAAAAACCAUCAGAAAACUAGAAACCAUUUAUUACAAGUAAUAGAAAAAUUUUAUGAUGAAAAUUUGGAAUACAUUUGUCUCACUGGCGAUUCUGCAUUUAAAAAUCGUAUAUCAACCCUAAUUUUUGUAAAUAAGGAACCUGAGAUCACUAUAAAUCACUUUUUCGAAAAAAUCAAAUUGUCUUUAGUGAAUUAUUUGGAAACUCGUUUGAGUAUUGAUCCAAGUUUAAAAUGUAACUUUAAUCUUUUUUGUUGGUACAAAAAAAUUGAUGAUGAAGAACAAAUUUUCAAUUUGAAUACUUCAAAUAUUCCAUUUUUUCCAAAUGAUAAUAUUUUAGAAAAACUUGAAUCUCAAUUGAUUUCACAAAUUGAUGUACAAAAUGAUGAAUUUACAAAACGAGGAUCAGGUUGGAUGUUUAAUUCAGUUUCUGAGCUAGAAGUUAGAAUCAAUAAAAAUGAUAUAAUCAAAGCUGGAGCCUUUAUAGAACUACCCAAAGCUUUAAAAAAUAAAAAGGCAUUAAUAAAUGUCCAAAACACAGAUGAUAGGUGCUUUUACUUCUGUAUAUUGUUGAAAUUCAUAGGGAAAAAGAAAAAUGUUCAACGUCCAAGUGUUUUUCGUGAUUUCGAAAAGAAAUUAUUCGAAACUCAAAAAAUAAAGUUUAAUUUUAGCUGCAUUUAAUACCCUACAACCAUCGAGGACAUUAAAAAAUUUGAAAAAAUAAACACCUCAGUUUCAGUCAAUGUCUUUGUAUACGAACGAAAUAAAAUUUCGCCAUUAAAAAUUACAGAUCAAGAAAAAAAAUUUCAUUAUGAUUUAUUGAUGUUAAAAAAUAAAAAUGGUGACUUUCACUAUGUUUUUAUAAAAAAUUUGAAUAGGCUCCUUUCAUCACAAGUUGGUAAAGACGGACAUGCUAUUGAAGUAUGUAAAAGAUGUUUAGCACAUUUUAUAGGUAGGGAUAGAAUACAGAAAUUAACUGAACAUAAACUGUACUGUAAAGAAAAAUCGGUAUCUCCAUCAUGUUACAAAAUGCCUACUGAAGAUAAAAGGUAUCUGUACUUUAAAAAUUAUCAUCAUGAAACCCCUGUUACUUUUUGUGUUUUUGCUGACUUUGAAGCUCUCCUUGUACCAUGCAAAGAUACAAAUCUUACUAAAUCACGUUUAAAAAAAUUCCAAAAACAUGAGCCAAUAGCCUUUUCCUUUUAUUUGGUACAUGCAGAGAAAGGAAAAAUUCGAGAUCCUGUUUGCUAUACUGGUCCUAAUGCAGCUACCAUAUUUUUUAAAAUGAUCAAAAAAGUGGGGCUUUAUGUUGAAAAACGAUAUAAAAAAUACAUGAAGGUAGAAUAUUGUAGUAAUUUGACUGACCAAGAGUGUGACAGAUUUCAUACUGCACCAAAAUGUGUAAUUUGUAGGGAUGAUUUUAAAGUUGGUGAUAAACGAGUACGUCAUCAUUCCCACAUCACAAAUUUAUUUCUUGGACCGGCUCAUUCAAAAUGCAAUUUGGUAGCUCGUACUCCAACAUUUCUUCCGGUUUAUUUUCACAAUUUAUCCAAAUAUGAUAGCCAUUUAAUUUUGCAUGGUUAUAAAAAGGGAGCAUUGGAUAUGGAGGUGAUACCAUCUACUGAAGAAAAUUAUAUAAGUUUUUCUAAAAAAAUAAAUAAACAUUUUUGGAUCCGUUUUGUAGACUCAUACCGUUUUCUAUCAUCAAGCUUACGUACUUUGGUUGAAUCCUUACCAGUGACUGAACUUAUACAUACACAAAAAUACUUUUCUGAUCCCAAUUAUUUUGAUUUAAUCACUAAAAAAGGAUUCUUUUGUUAUGAUUAUUUAGACAAAAUUGAAAAAUUACAAGUAAGGGAACUUCCAUCGAGGGAAGAUUUUUAUAAUCAAUUAAAUGAUGAGGAAAUUAGUGAAGAUGACUAUAAAUUUGUACAAAAAGUUUGGAAAACAUUCAAAUGCCGAAAUUUAGAGGAUUAUUUAGUGAUUUAUGUGAUCUCAGACGUCUUAUUACUAGCCGAUGUAUUCUUAUCUUUUAGGAAAUUAUGUAUUGAUAACUAUAAACUAGAUCCGUGUUAUUUUUAUUCUUUGCCAGGCUAUGCCUUCGAGGCUAUGCUUAAGAUUACUAAUGUUAAGUUAGAUUUAUUAAUGGAUAUAGAUCAAUAUUUAUUUUUAGAAAAAGCAAUGAGGGGAGGUAUAAGUGAAGCUGUGACUAGGUACUCUGAGGCCAAUAACAAGUAUGUUCCUACUCAAUAUGAUCCAAUUAAUCAAAAACUAAAUUCAAUAGUCUACUGGGAUGUGAAUGGUCUUUAUGCAUUCAUAAUGGGGUACAAUAAAUUUCCAGUUUGUGAUUUUUCAUGGGUGAGUCGAACAGACAUUGAAAAGUUUGAUACUAAUUUUAUUUUGAAUUUGGAUAAUGAAGCUGAUAUAGGGUAUUAUUUGGAAGUUGACAUCAACUAUCCAGAAAGGUUGCAUGAUUCUCACAACAGUUUUCCAUUUCUUCCGAUAAAGAAACCUACUCCUAAAUCAAAAGUGGCUAAACUAUUGUGUACCCUUGAAAAUAAACAACAUUAUGUUUGUCAUUAUAGAAAUUUGAAAUUAGCUUUGAAACAUGGUCUUGAAUUGAAAAAAGUGCAUAAGAUUUUGACAUUUAAACAAGAAAAUUUUUUUGAACCCUUCAUCAAGAUCAAUACUGAGUUAAGAAAACAAUCAAAAAACAAAUUUCAAAAAUCUUUGUUCAAGUUAAUUUCAAAUUCAACUUUUGGGAAAACUAUUGAGAAUCAGAGAAAUUAUUUGAAUUUUAAAUUGAUUUGUGAUGAAACAAAGUUGUCAAGAUCAAUUGCUAGAGCUACAUUCAAAAGCUCAACAAUUUUUUCUGAAAAUCUUGUUGGUGUACAUUUCCAUAAAAAUGUCAUUACACUGAAUAAACCAAUUUAUUUGGGAAUUACAACUUUAGAAUUAUCUAGAAAUUAUAUGUACGAAUUUUAUUAUGAAAAAAUACCUCAAAUUUUUCCUGACCUUCCAUUCCCACAAUUACUGUACAUGGACACAGAUUCAUUUAUUUUGUCUGUUGCUACUGAUGAUGUGUAUCCAUACAUUGCUAGAAAGGGUUUAGAUUAUUUUGACACCAGCACUUAUCCAACAGACCAUCCUUGUUACUCAAAUGUGAAUGAUACGGCUUUGGGAUAUUUCAAAGAUGAGCUGUACCCUCAUCAGUGCAAACGAUUCAUUUCACUUUGUCCAAAAGUGUACAGUUUAGAUUUACAAGAUAAAGCAGACAUUAAAAAAGUAAAAGGUCUUAAAAGAACAAUAAUAAAAAAGGAGCUUAAAUUUGAGGAUUUUUAUAAAUGUCUUUUCGAAAAUGUUGAAUGUGCAAAAGAACAAAUACUUUUUAGAUCUGUCAAUCACCAAAUUUUCACAGUGAAACAACCUAAAAAAGCUUUGGUUAAUUUUUCUGAUAAGCGUUAUUUUUACGAUAAUAUUAAUAGUAUAGCUUAUGGUCAUUAUAAAAUGUCUGAUUAUAAUUUAAGGGAAAAUGAAAAUGAUAUUGUUGAAGAUGAUGAAGAUGUUCUUGAAUAAAAAAAUUAUUUAUAAUGUUUGAAUACUAACCUUAAUGAUAAGAAUGUAAAAUAAAAUUAAUUGUUUAUUUGCACCUAUUUGAUAAAAUUUUAUUUUGUAAUUUCCAUAAAUAAAAGCAUUCAUAAACGCAACACUGUGUUCAAUUAUUUAUGUGUGUGAGUGUUAGUAUCUUGAUGGAACAAAACAUAUAAAUACUGGUAACAGUUCUCACAAAAUUCAGUUGAUUUCAACGAUUGUAAUUUGCUGGUUGUAUCAGUCAAGUUUGUUUGAAAAAAUUGUGGUCAAAAAAAAUAAUCGCGAUGUAUGUUAUGGAAACAUAUCAUUUUCCGAAUCCAAAAGAUGUUUCGUGUCAUAAUUAUGCUAAAAAAUUUAACGUAAAUAUUUUUUGUAGCAAUAGUAGCAAUGAAAUGUAUUUCAAAGUGAACAUUAUUACACAUUUGGUGUCAAUAUGUCGUUGUUACCUGGAAGAGCUGUUUACAUUACACACUUGGAAAGACAUUAAGAAGGACGUCAGCACUCCAACAAUUGAUAUACGCAAGUAUACCAAGUACAAAUUUGCAACCUUGAAUCAUGUUGACUCAAUCUUGGAGGAGUUAGCCGAGACCGAUGAGGAAAAACGUAAAGUGAAGGAAUUUUUAACAUGGUUGCAUGAAAUUGUGAAAAAAAUUAAUGAUGGUACUUAUGUUAAUAAAACUCCAUCACUAAAAGGUUACUACAAGAAAAAAAAAUACCUUGACUAGGUUAGAUAUUAAAAUUAAUUCAAUAACUAUUUGCACAUAUUUCAUAAUAUUACACAAUUUGUAACUUCAAUAAAUAAAAGCAUUCAUAAAAGCAACACUGUGUUUAUUCAUUGGUAUGUGUUUGAUCACCUUGAAGGAAUGAAAUAAAUACCCGCAAUUGUUGAAAUUAUUUUUAGUUGACUCGAAUAAGUAUACAUCACUGGUUGUAACAGUCAGUUUGUUGUUUUUAAAAAAAACUAUCAGUAUGCAUAUCGUGAAAACAUAUAAAUUUACUAAUCAAGAAGAUGUUUCAUGUCAUAAUUCAUCUAAACAAUUUCGAGUGAAUAUUUUUCAUGAUUCUAAACGUAAUGUAAUAUACUUGAAAACAAAUAUUAUUGGUCAUUUGCUGCCAUUUUGCCGAUGUGCCAUUGAAGAUAUAUAUGUAUCAGGUGUAUACAGUUGGGAUUACAUUGAAUAUGAAGUUGUUCCUACACUCAAAAAAUGCUUGUACACCAAGUACAAGUUUGUCAACUUGAAGAAAGCAGAACAAAUUUUAACGGAUCUCUCACGGAGUGACGAUGAAGAGCGUAAAGUGGGAGAAUUUUUGGUUUGGUUAAAUAAAAUUGUUGAUAAAAUAAUUGGAGGUAUUUCCACAAGUAAAGAUCAAUAGCUUAUCAUUGAUAUGUACCUAUUUUAAAUCUGUAUUGUAUUUUAAUGA